AUGCCGCCCAAAUCAACACAACCCGGCCUAAACGUUAUCGCUCUAAUCUCCGGCGGAAAAGACUCCCUCUACUCCAUCCUCCACUGUAUCCGCAAUGGUCACAAAGUCGUCGCCCUAGCAAACCUCCACCCAGAACCGAAACAAAAUACGAAGUCUAAAGAAACAACAGGAACAGACCAAGACCAAGAUGCCGAAGAAGAAGAUAUCGAUAGCUUCAUGUACCAAACAAUCGGUCACAGUGUAAUUCCUCUUUACGAAUCCGCUCUCGAGAUCCCACUUUAUCGCGCCGCAAUUACAGGUGGAGCGGUCGACACAUCACGAAUUUACAGACACGAUGCUGCAGAUCAGUCCGCAGAAAGCGAAGUCCAGAUUAAAGAAGACGAAGACGAAACAGAGUCCCUAGUUCCACUUCUCCGUCGUAUUAAGCAGGCACACCCGGAAGCAAACGCUGUUUCGGCUGGUGCGAUCCUUUCCACAUACCAACGGACUCGCAUUGAGAAUGUUGCGGGUCGAUUAGGUCUUGUACCACUUGCUUGGCUGUGGAUGUAUCCAUCUCUUCCAGCGCCGGUGGAACGCGAUGCUGAUCCUGCUGCUGUGCAGGAGGCGGGGUUGCUAGAGGAUAUGGCGGCUGUUGGGUGUGAUGCGCGGAUUAUAAAGGUUGCGUCUGGUGGAUUGGAUGACGGGGUGCUGUGGGCGGAUGUAUCUGGGGCUGGGAACAGCGGGCGUGCAUUGAGGAGACGGAUUACGAAGACGAUGGGGAGGUUUGCGGCUGCGGAGGAUAUUCGGGGUGCGGUUCUGGGAGAAGGGGGUGAAUAUGAGAGUUUAGCUUUGGAUGGGCCUUCUUUUCUUUGGAAGAAGAGGAUUGAGGUUGUUGGGAGGGAUGUUGGAAGUGGGGAGGGAGGGGUAGCUUUUUUGAAGCUGAAAGAGGCAAGGUGUGUUGCUAAAGAGGGUGGAAUGGAAUAUCAGCCUGAUGACGUACGGAGGCCGGCGUUGUUGGAUGCCCCAUUUUUGAGUGCGUUGGAGGAUGUGUCUACCUUGUCUUUGCCCGAGAAGGUUGAUGAAGGGUUGGUUUCUGGCAGGGGUAUCACAUCGGUGCCUGCUUUGUCUGUUUAUGAGUCGAAACACCACCAGUCUGCAUCAACUGCUUCGUUGGUGAAUCUGGUUGCACCGGAGGCUGGACUUGGUGCUGGACAACAGAUGAGUGCUAUUGCUGCGAAAGUACCUGGUCUGCUUCAAGGGUUCUUUAAUUUUGAUAAAGUUCCCCGAUCAACAGAAGACAUUGUAUUUGCUACGGUGUUGCUACGCUCAAUGACUGACUUCGCCUCGAUGAAUGAUGUCUAUGUCUCGCUAUUUAAGAAGCCGAAUCCACCAGCACGAGUUACAGUGGCAUGUGGUGAUACUCUUCCAGAGAAUGUUAAAGUCAUGGUCUCCUUUGUGGUUGACUUGGGAGACCGAAAUCGGCGUCAAGGUCUUCAUGUUCAAUCACGCUCAUACUGGGCGCCGGCAAACAUCGGUCCUUACUCCCAAGCCAUGUCCAUCCCUUUACAGGAAGAGGGAGCUAGAAUAGUCUUUAUCGCAGGACAAAUUCCCCUGGAGCCGGCUUCCAUGGAUUUGGCCACGCAAGAGGAGUCGUGGAUUCGAGGUUAUCGUCUACGUGCUGUACUUUCUCUGCAGCAUUUGUGGCGAAUUGGCGAAGCCAUGCAAGUGGACUGGUGGUUAGGAGCCGUGGCUUUUAUGACUGGGGGAGAACAGAUUCAGGUUCAAGCUCAAAUAGCUUGGAAUCUCUGGAAGAAGAUGCAUUCCCGGCCAGAUGAGAAUGACGAAGAUGACGAUGAGGGCCCACAGCUUGAUGCAUGGGAUAUCAAAUACGGACGAAGAGCAGAAGAGUUAACGCCUAAAGCUGUCUCUGCUACCCUGCCCAGAUUUUCUGUUUUGGAAGAUGAAGAUGUUCUUUCGAUUUCCCCUUUUCUUGCCGUUGAAGUUGAUGAGCUUCCUCGUGGCAGUGAUAUCGAAUGGCAAGGGUUGGGUAGUCGUUGUCAAAAAGCCAAACUGGAAAGCAGCGAGGAUUCAGUGGCCGUCACAACUGACGACAAAUAUAGCUACCUGAAUGGCGCUAUGAAUUCAUCGCGGGGCCAAGAUGAACAGGAAGUGCUCACUCGUAGUAGCACACCUGCUACAGGCUCCGAACUAAUUCCCGAAGACUUGCGACAAUUCACUCGUUCUCCGCAUCCCUACCACCGCAGCAGACGACUUGGCUCUCGCACCCCCUCCGAACAAGGCGACCGUCUCCACCCACUCACAUCGUAUUCUAAGUCAUCGCGAACACCAAGUGACAGCGGCACUGAGGCGGAUGAUGAAAGCACAGGACUAUUGAGGGGUCUCCCUGCUCCGCCGCCCCGACCGCGGAAAGGUCUACGCUUCGGCUCCGCCGACUCCGAAGCUUGGUUGCCUUCUUUGCAGCCGUGGCCACCGUUUGCGAGACAGCCUGGGCGUGGGUCGCGGAGGAGCUCUGAGCAGGAACAGGCCGAAGGAGAUGAAAUCAAAGCCCAGCAGUUGGGUGAAAAGAGGAGAGUUGAGAUAUUAAGGCGAUUGCUGGAGGCCGCGCUACUCUUAUCGGUCGGUGCCAUGGUCUUAGUACAGAGAGAAGCACGUUCACUUGCUUGGGAAUGGAGGAAAGAGCUUAUUACUCACGGUCUCCUCCUUAGCGGACUUUACCUUUCGUAUCCCGUCCUUCUCCGGAUUUCGAGGAAACAAAGAGGGUCAACAUGGCCACCGAAACGUCCUUUUUUCCAUAUCCCAGCGAGUUUCGACCCCGCCCCCCUUCUAUACCCAAUCCUCAUUCCGAUAUUUAUUUCUUUGUCGCUUUCAAAUCACCGACCGGCGUUGGUCAUACCGAAUAUAAUACUCAGCCUCUCGUCCCUCCCUGCACCAGUCGUACCACUGGAGAAGUGGUCUAAUGGGUUUAGCCUCCCGCACUGGCUGGUGACAUUGGUCCCAAUCCUCGUAUCGGAACACUUGUCUCUUGACUUCAAGACGGUUCCUAAGCCAUUAUCGCUCCGGGGCCACGAUGUUGAAUCGCUGAUUCUCCUUUUUCCUUUGCAUCAAGCGUUGAUACCCACUUUAGACUUUUUGUUGACAUCGAGUAUUCUCCCUGCCGAGCUGCAGCUUUUAGCAGCAGCAUUAUUGAAUUUGUAUUUAUUUGCGAACUCACCUCAGGCGGAAAUUCUGAAAGCAUUGCUAUGGCUUGGUGGCCUGUGUUUAUUUGUUUCUUGUCGGGAUGUUCUGCGCUGGGAGGUUGCCCUGGCUCGGAUUCCAAGCUGGAAGUUCCGCCGCUCUCUUCGAGGCUCACGGUCUCCAAAAAGAUACUUGAAUAUGAUGGAUCAUCGCCUGUGUCAGAAAUUAAGUGGCACAGGCGUCUCGGAUGAGCCUACGUCAGAUAGUGAUGGUCCGGGAACAGUGCCUAUACCGCGAAAAACGAGGACGAUGCGCGAUAGGAAGCCAUCCCAUGAACCGUCUUCUGCGACUGGCAAUAUUACCAUCGAGGAGGCCUUUGAGAGGAGCCGUUUUUUCGGACAGCAGCAACGUCGACGACAUACUAUAUCUACUGUUAACGAGGCUGUGCAAGAGGAUAAACGGGUUCGGACUACGCCUGGUGGUCGUCGCAAGAAAUUAAUGGGACCGGGUCUUGCAUCGUUUUUGUCACUUACCGCAGCUCAAGCGCAAGUCCGCAAAUGGCUGUAUGCAUUAUACGUCUAUGUUAUGUCGCUGUCCAUUAUUCUGGGACCCAUCCGCAAAUAUAUCGCAGAUCGAGCCUUUCAAGGCCAAGAUCCGUUUGGGUGGGCUAUAGGAUACAUGUUUGGGAAUAUUUCGACGGUUCGGUUCUGGGUACUUAUAACAAACCUGGAAUAUUGGAUCCAGCUUCCGCCGCGACCGGAUGCGACCUUGGAAGAUCCGACCUGCUGGCUGGGAUGGGUUGAACAUCUUCGCCAAACAACCUUUGGACCUGCCAAUACCCGUUUAUUGCUGAGUGCAUACUGUGUCGUGGUGAUGGCGAUGGGUUUGGCCGUGGUGUUCCAACUCAAAUCGGUCGCUGAGGUCGAUACUCGACGUAAAGUAUUUCAUGGGAUGAUGGUAUUGAUGUUUCUGCCUACGGUGUUUGUGGAUCCCACAUUCUGCGCUCUAGCACUGGGAUUAGUACUUUCGAUAUUCUUGCUCCUCGACCUCUUUCGAGCAUCCCAGCUACCUCCGAUUUCCCGACCCUUGACGUAUUUCUUGGCGCCCUAUGUCGACGGGCGCGACCAUCGUGGACCUGUAAUUAUCUCGCAUAUAUUCCUGUUGAUUGGAUGCUCGAUUCCACUUUGGCUCUCUUUAUCAGACCUCGAUCGUCUCGGCGACGGACCUUUGGCUGGCUGGGACGUGGCUGGACGAGAUGCCAGUAUGGUCAGCGGAGUGAUCUGUGUUGGGAUGGGCGAUGCAGCCGCCUCGCUGGUUGGACGCCGUUACGGCCGACUGAAAUGGUUUUGGGGCGGGGGAAAAUCACUGGAGGGAAGUGUGGCUUUUGUGGUAGCGGUCUGCGCAGGAUUGCUGGCAGUUCGUGCCUGGCUGGUGGUGGGAGGAUGGACAGUGGCUGGCGUCGAAUUGGCAGAAGCAUCCACCUCGACUGUUCGGUUCUGGCUCUGGACGGCCUGCAAGGCCGGGUUAGCGGCAGGUGGAACGAGCGCCACUGAGGCGAUCCUUACUGGCUGCAAUGAUAACGUCGUGGUGCCCGUCGUGCUGUGGCUAUUGGUGCGGGGGCUUGGUGUAUGA